AUGCCGGUAAAUUUCAGAGAUGCGGGUUUUAUCCCCAUAGAAUUGAUUCUAUAUAUCGCGAGGUUUCUACAGCCCGAUGAAAUUAUGAAUCUUUUGCAAGCAGCGAAAGGCCUCGAUCAACUUCUCACAUUCCAUCAUCUUGCCGUUAAAGUUGAGAAUGGCGAAACACUUUUGCAUCUUAUUGCGAGGGAUGGAGAUGAGAAAAUGAUGAAAUUGUUUCUCGCUAAAUCGGCGAUACCUGCCGCCGGACAUGAUGAUAUUACACAAUUGCAUCAAACUGCGACGUUCGGACAUAUAUCAAGGACGAGGUUCAUUGCCUACGCUAGUGUCAAUCCUAAUGAACUUGAUCGCAAUAAUUCGACUCCUCUGCAUUGGGCUGCUAAAUAUGGGCACGAUUCCAUUGUGAAAAUACUGCUCGAUAGAGAUGACAUUAAGCCUGACCUGGAGAACAUUGAAUAUCGCACGCCGCUGUCGUUCGCUGCCGAAUAUGGGCAUAUAAAUGUGGUGGAUUUGCUUCUACGGCAAGACAUAGUAAAUCCUAACUCGAAGGCUUAUGACGAUCGCACACCGCUAUUAUUUGCUGCCGAACACGGACAUGUAUCAGUGGUGAAGCUGUUGCUAGAACAAGACAAUAUCGAGGCUGAUGCGGCUGAUUGUGAGCAAGACGCAGGGGGGAGAUGGCUACCCACAAACGGUGGUCGUACACCGUUGUCAUUCGCGGCUGGGAACGGACAUCUUGCAGUGGUACAGCUUUUAGUGCAGCGAGACGAUGUUGACGCAGAUUCAAUUGAUGAUAGCCAUCGCACGCCGUUGUGCUGGGCAGCAAAACAUGGUCAUCUUGCUGUGGUGGAGCUGCUAGUGCAAAUGGAGGAUGUUGAAGCUUAUUCUUAUGACAAAUAUGGUCGCACGCCUUUCUCACGGGCAGCUGCGAGAGGACACCAAGCUGUGGUGGAGCUACUGGUGCAAAGGGAGGAUGUCGGAGCUGAUUACAAAGAUAAAGAGGUGCAAAGGGAGGAAAUUGAAGCCGACUCUAAAGACAAACAUCAUCGCACGCCUUUAUCAUGGGCAGCUGCGAGAGGACACCAAGCUGUGGUGGAGCUACUGGUGCAAAGGGAGGAUGUUGAAGCCGAUUCCGAAGACAAAGAUGGCCGCACGCCUUUAUCAUGGGCAGCUGCGGAGGGACACCAAGCUGUGGUGGAGCUACUGGUGCAAAGGAAGGAUGUUGAAGCCGAUUCCAAAGACAAAGAUGGCCGCACGCCUUUAUCAUGGGCAGCUGAGGGAGGACACCAAGCUGUGGUAGAGCUACUGGUGCAAAGGGAGGAUGUUGAAGCUGAUUCCAAAGACAAACAUCAUCGCACACCUUUAUCAUGGGCAGCUGUGACAAGACGCCAAGCUAUUGUGGAAUUGCUAGUGCAAAAGGAGGAUGUUGAAGCUUAUUACAGAGAUCAAUAA